CCACUCAUCAUAUUUCCCUUCAAAGCAGCUGCUUAAACUUCUCUUGCUACCUCUCUUGGUCUUUUGUUCUACUACUAGAAAUGUCUUAUUCGUCUAAGGUUUCGAUGAUACUUUUUCUUUCUUUGUUCAUAAAUUCUUUGAUGGCCAUGGCUGCCCAAGCUGGAAAUUUCUAUCAAGACUUUGACAUUACAUUUGGCGAUGGACGCGCUAAGAUACUCGACAGAGGAAAGCUUCUCACACUCAACCUUGAUCAAGUUUCUGGGUCUGGUUUCAAAUCUAAGAAUGAGUACUUAUUUGGAAGAAUUGAUAUGCAAAUCAAGUUGGUGCCUGGGAACUCAGCUGGAACUGUCACUACCUACUAUUUAUCUUCUGAAGGUUUGACUCAUGACGAGAUUGACUUUGAGUUUUUGGGUAAUUCAACUGGUGAACCCUACACUCUCCAUACAAAUGUAUUCAGCCAAGGAAAAGGAGGCAGAGAACAACAGUUCCAUCUUUGGUUUGAUCCCACAAAGACCUUCCACACCUACUCAAUUGUUUGGAACAGACAAAACAUUAUAUUCUUGGUGGACAGCAUUCCGAUCAGAGUGUUCAACAAUUUGGAAUCAGCUGGAGUCCCAUUCCCUAAAACCCAGCCCAUGAGGGUUUACUCAAGUCUUUGGAAUGCCGACGAAUGGGCAACAAGAGGUGGCCUUGUCAAGACUAAUUGGACUCUAGCUCCUUUCACUGCCACUUACAGAAAUUUUAAGGCCAAUGCUUGUAUUGCUGGAUCAUCAUCCUCAUGUGCCUCAACCAUACCUACUAAUCCAUUGACAGAGAAGAGUACAUGGGAAACUCAAGGGAUUGAUGCCGCAGGCCGAAAAAGACUUCGUUGGGUGCAACAAAAGUUCAUGAUCUACAACUACUGCUCUGAUUUUAAACGCUUCCCGGAAGGCCUUCCAGCUGAAUGCAAGCAAUCCAGGUUCUAAUUUGAAAGCGAGACCAGAAAUCCAGAUGAUCAUAUAUCCUCUCUUCUCAUGUGCAGCAUUCAUUUUCUUGUAUCACCAAUUCCUUUAUUAUAUAUAUGUAUUCUUUUAUUCGUUUUUUUAUUCCCCCAUGGUCUGUGUAUUCUUGAACUGAAUUGGGUUUUAGAAUCAAAGCCUUAUGAUUAUCAAAUGAUUAGUCCAUUUUGUUCAACAUUAUCAGCACUCCAAAUGUUUGA